AUGGGCAAUCGAGGUCUUUUUAUGUGUUUUCGUUGUCACAUAGACGUUUGUGAGUUUUAAUGAAAGCAAGUCUUUGGAAAUAUUAAUAAGUAGAAUGAAUGAAUGUGUAAUCUAAGUAUCUUAUCACAGGUUCUCCGACAUUGGGCGAGAUAUUUAACCCAGCUCGAGAUUGUAGUGAUAUUGUUGAUCAAUUACCCGAAGCUGAGGAUGGAUUUUACUGGAUUGUUCUGCCCAAAGGAACGAAACACAAGGUAUGUGUUUGGAUUAUGACAUGUCCACCAAUAGCCUUCUCGCGCCGUGGGACGCCUUUCCACCAGUUAAUAAAAGAGAUGUAAACUAAGGUUAUUGACCGUGCGCAAUGAUUCGGGAAAAUGUGCAGAUACGUUUGGUCAACCUCGCAAGCCAGGCUCUCUACUUCCGCUUCGUGUUAGGGAGGGAAGCGGAAGUAGACAGCCUGGUUUGCAAGGUUGGCGUUUGGUAAACUUUAUCUUUGGCCCUUUCCUUACAUUCCUAACAUUAACCAAAAAUUAAAUUAUAAAAAGUAAUAGCAUUUGUUAUAUAAAGAAAAGUUAGACUUUGUCAUCUAGGUGUGUGCUAAAUUUCAAGAGAAGCAAGCUUAAAUAUUGUGAUUCUAUAGCAGGCAGGCUCUUGCGGCUUAUAUGAAAUCUGGAGAAAAACCUCAAAGCACAGCCGAGAAUCAGCCGCACUUCUUCUUACACAAGUUUUAAAAAUGCAGUGUGGGUGACUACCCUGCACCAACAUAAUGUAGCCCUGACACAGUACUAUUGUUUAAAAGUACUGUUAACCACAAUAAAUCCUUUGCCUGUUGUCAUAAUACUCAUACGUCGGUAUACUCAUGAGCAUGCUAAUAUAGCUACAAAAAUCCGCUAUGCUCAUGAACAUGCUCAUAUACAUACCAAAACCUGGUAUGCUCAUCAACAUGCUCAUAUACAAUUAAUCAUGCUCAUAUACAACUAAUUAGAUCCAGUGAGCUCUAUAUGGAGUAAUAGCGGUCACAGAACUGAGAAGUUUUGGAGAAGAAAAAUAACAUAUUCCUGAAGCGUAAUAAAACACAGUGCAGCACAACAAAUUGACGUCCAGUUCCAGUCCUUCUCCAUUGUUCUGGACCUUCGACUUAGCGAAAGCGGUCGCAGAAUUAUGAAAAAUAUUGGAGAAGGAAAAUAACAUGUUCCUGAAACUUAACAAGCCUUUAAGAAAAUAUAAGUAAUUCACAUAUGCAACACAAUAAUUAAGUUCACAUAUAUAGCGUAAUAAUUAGUUGGGAGUAAAGAAUUUAAGUUGUCAUUUCCUUGGGCAAAAUAGAUUUGGUGUGACGUACAUACAGAUGGUGGUGGAUUUGCGUUGGUGGGAAUGAAGGAUAGUCCUGUAUCUUGGACAGUACCAUCUAAUUCUACCCCUGUUGAUCCUCAAGGACCCCCACAUUGGUCCAGUGAUCUUGGUGAUGUCAAAGUUCUGGACUUUAGAGUUCAAUUUUCAACUGAUAAAGAUUUUGAAGGAACAAAGGCAGACUGGUAAGAAAGCUCUGGUGAGAAGCAAAGGGUGACCAGUAGCGGCAGUCGAACAACAAAAAAAUAAGAAAAUUCCGACAAGCAUAUCAAACAAUACACGAAAUGUAACCAAUAGAACGAACCAUAAAUAACUGGCGUGUAGCUGCAGAGGCCAUAGGGUACACUCCUGCUCGUUUUCCUAAAAAUGCUUGGGAUUAUACUCCCUUUCAAGACAAAAUAAUAAAAGGUAUGCGUUUGCCUGCACUUCUAAAUUCGAUUUGUUCUCCACCCCUCGUACCUGGAAAGACCUGAAGGAUCGGAAACUAUCGGGUGCUGUGCCUGUGAAAAUUUAAAGUGUGAUUAACAAAAGUAUAAAAAUCCUUUUUCACUGUAGGUUUUACCGAUUAAAUCCGCAACGGGAGUUCGGAGAUAUCUUUUCUGUGAACAAAGGAUGUCCUGAUCUGCAAGCGGGAAUUGGAAACAUCGAGUUUGUUAAGGAUCUCUCGACUCGAUCUGUCGUUACCAAUAACUUCAAGUGCUCAAAGUUUGGACCACAUUUUCAUCAUAUGUUGGGAUGGGUAAACAAUUGAUUUUCUAAAACAACUAAUAGUCUAGAUCUAUAAUAUUGUACAGAAAUCCCUUAAGAAAAUUUUGGUAUUUCUAAUGUAUUUAUAUCUACAACUUCCUAUUGAUUCCCAUUCAACUUUUUUAUGCUUUCUAGACCCACUUCAUUGUGAAAAAUAGUUAUUGGCAUUCUCAUUUUAGGGAAAAAUGAACUACUGUCUUCGACAUCAGUGCAAUAACGGUUACGCAGUAUUAGAUGUAGUUAAAUUUCGAUACGAUAAUUUUGGAGCAUACAGGUAUUGAACCAUGGAGUUUUGAUUUUCGUCAAUACGUACAUAGUGUUAAACACAUAAAUGUGAAAAUACGAUUCAAUUUGAUAUUACUGUACGAUUCAAUUUGAUAUUACCUAUAAAUGAUCUACAAGAAAAUAACAUUUUAACUGUUUUCAUUUUUCAUAGACGUUCGUUAGGCCUACUUCUUAUUGACUGAAAUUGUAAUUUUCUUCAGCUAUAGCGCUAUUUCUUCAUUCUCUGGAAUGAAUCAUAAUUCCACAGUGUUUGUUGGAUGUGAUCGCGGCCAGGUAGUUCUUUGCUAUAUGACAAAUAAUGUUAUUACUAUAAAACAACGUUCACAAUAAUUUGAUUAUGACCAAUGUAUACUAUAGUCUCAAAUUUUAAUUAUGUGGAAUACAUCUAGAGAAAAUUUGCAUUUCUCCAUAUUUUGUAGUGCUGUGCAUGUUUUGGACCUAAAGGUGGAAGACAAAACUACUGUGGAUCUAACUGUACAGUAAUUAACGGUGGAACUGUAACGAAAAAAGCUUUCGUUUGGUUUUGGGUGCGAACCAGAAUACCUGAACGUCUGUGGAACAGAUGUAUGGAGUUUGUGGUGAAAAACUCCGCGGGAAAACUUGAAAAACAUUUCAUUGAUCCACAAACAGGCACUGCACAAAAGGUGGGGACAUUAAGUUAAGAAGACACUAUUGUGAUUAAUGGAAACAGGCACAAUGCCACCAGAAGCAGCAGCAGCAGCAACAGCAGCAGCAGCAGCAGCAGCAGCAGCAGCAACAGCAACAGCAACAGCAACAGCAACAGCAACAGCAACAACAACAACAACAACAACAACAACAACAACAACAACAACAGAAAUAAUACCAACAACCGCAAAAACGACGAUAAUGACAACAACAGCUGUGUCAGUAACAGCAAUGUUCACAGAAAUAGGAAAAUCAUCAACAAAAAUAGCAAUAACGACAAUUACAAACUAAAUUUAACCAGCAGUUUGGUUUGUUUUUAGGGUUCCUGCUCAGGAAAAUUUAGAUCAUUUUUAAACGAAGGUGUAAGUAGAAUAUUUCAGGCAAAGAUUUAUAUCACCGACAGCAGUUAUUCUGAACUUCUAACCCAUUUUCUCAGACGGACUUCUGACGCCCGACCUCUGCUCAAGAAUCGGAUAUUUUUAAUUGAUGUUAUAGUAGAGUACUUAAUUUGAAAGAAAGCAUUUCUUUACUUUAUUUUAUUUUAUUUUAUUUUAUUCUAGACAUUGACAGUAUCUGACAAGGAAAGUUUUGACAAGAUUCCAGAUGUUCCAGGUCUUCUCUCAUAUCGUGCGGAUGAUAAACAACUUUAUUUCAAUCAAGGAUCAAAGUGGCAAGCAUUAAGUACUGAACAAGAGGUUAGUUUAAAUGGGAAUAUAACAUUGCUUGCACUGUUGAACUACAUCAUUACAUUAUGUAGCUGAAAUUAAUGAGUCAGUUUAGAAUAUACUAUAUGAGUAUGACACACAAUGCAGUAUACACCGAAUACACGCGGAUACUUUUAGCUUACAAUUUUAAGACGUAUUUAGCUGAAGAAACCGGAGGCGAGCUGAUUUCAACAUAUUUUCAACGUAAAUUCAUGUAAAAAAAGCCUUUGUCGCUAAAAAAGAAAGGUUUAUUUCCUUUCCUAUAAAGUAUUCUGUAUAAAAAAACACAUGCGUAUCGUGUCUGAAUGUAGCACGGUUAUUAAAGACAACGACACAAUUACUCCUAGUCAAAUUCAAUAUGGCGGAUUUACAUGAUUCGUACUUUUAAGUAGGCAUUCGAUAUUUAGUAUAUACACACGCAUCGCUGAAGAUUAAAUCUAUUGUAGUUUGAGCAAACCAAGAAACAAAUCCAAAGUCAAGAAAAGAAAAUUCAAAGUCUAGAAAAUAAAGCCAACAUUCAAGAAAAGAAACUUCAAAAUCAAGAAAAGAAAAUUCAAAAUCAAAAAAACAAAACUAACAUUCAACAAAAGAAAAUUCGAAAUCAAGACAACAUAAUUCUAAUUCAAGGAAAGAAAAUUCAAGGUCAAGAUAAUAAAAUCAACAUUCAAGAAAACAAACUUCAAAGUCAAGAAAAGAAAAUCAAAAGUCAAGGAAAUAUGAUUAGAAAGCUAGAAAAACAAAAUCAAGGUAACAAAAUAAAAGGAUAACAUAAAUGGUUAAG